AUUUCUUAACUUAUUCCUCGGUUCUUGAUUAAUAGCUCUGGAUAAAUCAACUUCAACAGUAAGACGAUCCACUUUACGGAAUUGAAGAGCCAGAAGUUUCCAUCCAGAACUUUGGAAAGCCAUCCUCAGCCAUUUCCAUGACGGAACUGAAUCAGCCCGCAAUUUGAAAAGAUAGUCAGUUGUUCAAAUGAUGAAGAUAAUGAUGAUCAGCACUGAGCAGACAAUCGUUUCCAUGUGACGUCCAGAAAAAAAGGACGCCUAAACAACGUAAGGAAAACUUUCCACACGUGUGAAGUGGAGUUAAUCACUAUUGACUGGUUGAUAAUAUGCAUGAAUCUAGAGCCGAAGUGGACGAAGUGGACAAAAAUUCACGAUUCAUUUUGUAGACCAUGGACAUGGAGCUCUCAAAAGUCCAAAGUCCAGACACAAAGUCUCAGCUAAAUGUAAUGAAGUUUCUAGGAUCGAAUCUUGUGCCUAUGGACAUGUUCGGUCACGUGCAAAGAGGGGCGGACUGACAAAAGGAUGUCGACAAUGGCGGGCUAAAGAUGCCAAUGGCGUCAACCUUCUUGCGCAGAUGAUGAAUAUAUCGGAGAGUACCACGAGGGUUUCUAGCGCAAAUAUGAAAAGAGCUUCGCUCAGAGGAUCUGAUCAUGUGCAGCUUCUGAAUCUAGUCAAACGGUAUCAUUGUGCAGCCUAAGAGAGAAAAAAACUCACCUGUUUCUUCGAUGCUUUUGAAGGCAUCUAGAGAAAGUUUUGUUAAGAGGACGGUGGUGGUUAUUUUCUGCAAAAGCUCUCUUAAGACUUGCUAUGCUGCCAGUUCCGAGAGAAGUAAGUUUUGUACAAGAUGCAAAACUCCUAGAUGGAAGCUGACUUUAAUGCAAACGAGCUACUGUAGGACCACUAGGUCUUUAACAUGCCGUCUGUUCACUACCACAUGUGGGACCACUUGUAGAUAAAGUCGGAAAAAUUAAUAACUCUGCCAAGACCUUUUGAAGUACGGCUUGUACGUCUGUUUCUCACAUGGUUCUCACAAUGUUCGUGUUUCAUAUGUGGAGAGAGAAGCAUAUCAACGUCAUUUGCUGUGAUCUUCCCCAUUUUACAGGCGUCUUUUUUAUCCGAGAGCUUAAACCGCUUCUGUUUUGUUCCAAAAGAGAUGAACUCCUCGCAAGCUACAUAGUAGCAGCUGCAUCGUUAGAUCUAGGUUAGUGUGAUCUGACUCAUGAAUGACCCAGUACAUACUUCUAAAAUAUUUCUGACGCAUAUGGCAUUGACUCGGUCGCCAGCUCUUGAUUGAUAGUGUCAUGAUUAACUUACCUCGAUUGCGCUGGUCUGAAUAACAGUAUGAAAGGAAAACCAGGGAAUUAAAUGAACUCGAAAUAGGGAGCAACGGUUGUGGUCAACAGGUGACGUUAAAGAGCAGGGUAUGCAUGUGGAGCCUUGUGGAGUCGUGUAUAGUCAAUGUGAUUCCUCUCUCAAAAGGAUUCUUGUACCUUUCAAAACCUGAACUUUGUCGGUCUUAGACCAGAUGUGGCACCCUACUGUAGGAGAGAGGGUCGAGAGUCCACCAGCAUAUCUCUCCGAGUUUGGAAUGUAAGUGCAUGACUCAGCUUAUGUGCCCAACGCUCAGCCUAACUUCUGUGUUUUGGAUCCUAGACAAUGUCCAAAAAGAAUCAAAACACUGUUCAGCGGCUUUCAGCUUCUGUACAAUCACGGGCAUAAGCACAUUCUAAUAUAUUUGCAGGUCAUGACACGCAGUGGAACAGAACAAAUAUGUGCGGUGAAGAAGUUUGUGGUUCUUACAUUCUCUAGGAUCAGUGUGGUAUGGGAACGGAAUGAAGUAAUAGAGGCUCCCGCAAGUUGAAUAUUCAUAUGUACGAGGACAUGUGUAUGGUGCUGACUUUACACACUGAGUUAUUUUUACAGUUUCCAGUCUUCAGGCUUGUUGCAAGGGGGUAAAAAGUUCAUCGUUAGACUCAUAUAGAUUGGCUUCACUUUUCAAAUAAAUAAUUUUGUGAAUCGGGGAAGUACUUUUUAUGUAGCCGACAAAACUAACCGAACCUCCACGAAGAAGUCACCAGGAGGGAGUGACAGCUCUACCAGACUAAUUUGUUCGACCAAACUACGGAUGGAACAAGGAAGCCGCUGAAGAUAUCACUCAAAACCAGGCGGGAGGCCAGAUGUUCGGAUCUCAGGCUUAAGAUGUAUCUUGGGGCCUUGGAGGCACUUCUUUAACUUCUGUCAGAUAGACGUCAGUUCUUCGGCUUAAUCAUCACCGAUGAAACAACAUAUUAAAGGAGUGCUCUAUACUAGACCGAUACGUGGAGAAAGAACGACAAGUGUUAAAUGUUCUGGUGGCUCGUGAUGCUCGAUGGGGUCUUCCAAUCCUUUCUGUUAAUUUACUUUGUACUCGAUCACAGCUUCUGAGUGCAGAAACUUUUCAACUUUUGAGACCGUGACUCUCCUCGUGCUCCUCGCAUGGAUGAACACGGAGUGUAGCCAAGGAAUCUGGUUGGAUGAUAUUCCAUCAGAGAUUCUCGUCAUGGUUGCCCGUACCUGUUGGUGGAGCGUAAAAUGUGAAUCUAGAACGAGAUCUUCGAGUCAGUGGGGGUAUCUUCCACUAGCACAUCAACUGACAUUGAGAGGAAGAUACAGUACCGAACAGUCCCCUUCUCUCCUAGGCUUCUUCAUCGAUCCCGUACCGAGGCUGAGAAUGGACUUGCGGCAUACGUACACGAUGAACCAAACGGUGAUAUAGGUCUGAUAUGAAGCUAGUCAUUUAAAAGCGAAGUACCAAGUAUUAGCGAAAAGGAUGGGAACAUCUUAUCUUGUCGUACAGGGAUGAACCAUGUGGGUAGGAUGGGGCUAGUCGUUUAGAAAUUGUAAAAUCGGGAAAAAAGAUAUCAAGUACUUUUUUUGCUCGGUCUCUUGAGACCUCCCUAACAGUUUAUGAAUUCAUAACUUGCAGAAUAUUUGAAAAUUCAAGAGGAUCGCAAAACUUAUCGGGAGUGUGUCUCAGUGGCAGAGCAUUCUUGGCUUUAAAAUACAGUUCCCUAACAGUGUUGAGUCUCAUACUUAUCUCCACUCGGACAGCCGAGCUUCUGCUGUUUGACUUGAAUUGGUCCUCAGCUGCUUCCAACCACUGCAGUGCCCGGGAUUACUGUAAGAGCGACUGUGUCCAGGCUGACAUAUGCUUAAACUUAGAAAGAUGCGAGGACAUUGAACGUCCGAACCUGUUCAGUUCCACCCUAUGCAGUGGAAGCUAGGCGAACAGGCAACGCACAGAGGCAGCCAGCCGUUCGUAACAAGCACAAGACCGCCGUCUGUCAGUUUCUAGAUCUUGUACAGUGUUUACUUACUGUUCACAGGAGUGAGAAUCAGUUGAAGCUCAUCUACCCCUUAGAGCGGAUGCAGCCUCAGUAAGUGAACAAGAUUCAAGCAACGAGCGAUGCAUCUCUGUGCAACUUCCUCAUCUCAAAGUCUGUCCUGAUUCACGUCAGACUAUGCAUCCACAUUUCGAGAAGACUGCGGACUUGUCAUCCAUGGCCUUCAUGUUUGAACCUUCCAGUCGUCACGAUCACAUGAAUGAGGUUUAUAGAAAAAUCUAUAAACCUUGGAUCGAAGAACGUUCACCGAGUUAAGAAGUUGAUCCUUGAUUUAGGGAUCGAGGUAAUGCAUGGUCGAGAUGAAGUGCCACCGUGUUCUCUCCGGAUCAAACUGCACUCGAUGUUUAACCAGAGGUAUGUACCUGACAUCUCGGGCAGUAGUCUCGCGUACCCCUGAAUAUUCAAGCAUCCUGAAUUACAGCACUUUUAUCUAAUAAUGCUUCUAUGAAUCUGAUCGAUGCCAACCGAGAUGAAUCUGGCUGGAGCUAUCAUUUCUCGGAAUCUAGAAAGCAGAUUUGAAUAUUCAUGUCAACCUUUCCAGCCCGGACCUUCUCCUUUAUGUCUUCCGUCACUACUAUGCUGUUGUGAAAAUAGAAUGUUUUCACGCACGUGUUAUGAAUAUUCCCCAAACAGAAUUAUGG